AUGGAGAAUAAGGCUCAAGUAGAUGUUAUCUACACCGAUUUGAAGGCUGCUUUCGACAAGAUCGACCACAACAUCAUGUUGUCCAAAUUCUCGCUUCGGAGCAACAACCAAACUCACUUCGUGGCUUGUAUAGAUGGAACCACACUUCGAAGAGCUACGGAAUUUACUGAUCUUGGAGUUGUGUUGGAUCCAAAACUGACGUUCAACGCCAAUUAUACGUCGAUAAUUGCCAAGGCAAACCGCCAGCUGGGUUUCAUUUCGAAAAUUGCGAAGGACUUCACUGAUCCACACUGCUUGAAGUAUUUGUAUUGUGCGCUGGUGCGACAUAUCGUGGAAACUGCUUCUAUUGUCUGGACUCCGAAUAACAUUGUAUGGAACUUGAGAAUUGAACGUGUCCAACGGAGGUUUAUUCGAAUCGCCCUGCGUCAUUUACCGUGGCGUGAUCCACUUAAGGUGAUUAUAGAAUGA